AUGGAGACGGUGCUGCUGGAGCAUUUCCCUGGGGGGCUGGACUCCUUCUCCUCGCCCCCCUACUUCGACGAGGAGGAUUUCUUCACGGACCAGUCCUCCCGCGACCCCCUGGAAGCGGACGAGUUCCUGGAGCAGGACGUGGACUUCCUGAGCCACCAGCUGCAGGAGUAUUACCGGGACGGGGGGCAGGGCCAGGGGGGCUAUUGCUGCGAGGCGGCGGCCGCCGCGGCCAACUUCUCUUCCUCCUCCUCCCCCUCCUCGCCCAGCUUCCCCUACGAGUGCUGCGGGGCGGCCGCCUCCGAGCUGCUGUCCCCUGGGGGCAGGCUCAAGGCGCUGAGCUCCGCCAAGCGGCGCCGGCGGGUGCGCUCCGAGGCCGAGCUGCAGCAGCUGAGGCAGGCGGCCAACGUGCGGGAGCGCCGGAGGAUGCAGUCCAUCAACGACGCCUUCGAGGGGCUGAGGUCCCACAUCCCCACGCUGCCCUACGAGAAGCGGCUCUCCAAGGUGGACACCCUGCGCCUGGCCAUUGGCUACAUCAACUUCCUGAGCGAGCUGGUGCAGUCGGACCUGCCCCUGCGGAGCGCCAGCAGCGAGAGCCCCAGCCAGCCCAAGAAAGUCAUCAUCUGCCACCGGGGCACAAGAUCACCUUCUCCAAGCGACCCUGAUUACGGACUGCCUCCUCUUGCUGGACACUCUCUGUCAUGGACUGAUGAGAAGCAACUUAAGGAACAAAACAUUAUUAGAACAGCUAAAGUGUGGACCCCUGAAGACCCCAGAAAACUAAACAACAAAUCUUCUCUAAACAACAUAGAAAACGAACCUCCAUUUGAUUUUGUAUCAUGA